AUGGAGCCACCUCCGCCUCCGCCGCCACCGCAUGGCACAAAUCCUCAAGGCGGUGGCAGGUCCGGAGGUCUCCCUAACGGCAAAUAUGACAUUUUUGUCAUCCCUCCACAUUCCUCGGGCUCGGGCUUCCUAUACCUCCCUUCGCUCCAGACACACCGCAAUUCAUUCUUGGCCGGAGUCUUCUGCACCGCAGCCUCCUUCUUUAUCUACUACACCGCUGUGCCCGUUGUCAAGGAAUGGCUAUUAAGUACCAUCAACAGUGGUGGGACGGGAGUCUUCACGCUCAUUUGCGGUGUUGCAGUGGUGGCCUGGGCAUUUGGAAAGACUCAGAGUGAAUGGCAAAGCUAUAGCGGAUUUAAUCGUGGAGGUGCUGAUACCGGUUCUGGCGGUCCAGGCCAUGGUGGUUACGGCAACACUGGAUCUUACACACAACCCGGGCCUCAACCGCAGACUCAACCCCCUCCGCCGCCUCCCCCUCCCCCUCCAAAUCCCGGAGCAGCUGGCCCUCCUCCACCUCCGCCUAACCAUGGAACAAGCAGUCCUCCCCCCCAGUCAUCGUGGCAGAGACCGCCACCCCAGGCCAACACCAAAGCUAAUACUACGAGCGCUAAGUCAAGCUGGGAGAAGGCGAGAGAAGAAACGAGAAAAAGAGAAGAAGAGAGGAAACGAGCCGAGGAACUGAAAAGACGGAGGGAGGAAUUGGAAAAGGAACGACAGAGACAGAAGGAGGAGUUGGAGAAAGAGCGACAGAGGCAAGAACAAGUAGAAAAGGAGCGGCAGAGGCAGAAAGAAGAACUGGAGAAGGAGCUCCAGAGGCAAAAAGAAGAACUAGAGAGGGAACGGCAGAGACAAAAGGAGCAUCUAGAGAGGGAGCGGUUGAAGCUCAGAGAAAAAGAGUUGCUAGAGAGACUUGAACGCGAGCGCAAAGAGAAGAAAGAGCGUGAAGAAAAGGAGGCUGCCGCAAAAGCCGCCGCCGCCGCCGAAGCUGCCGCAGCUGCAGCAGCUGAGAAGGAGAAGCAAGAGCAGGGUGUCCGAAGCCCCCCCAAGCGUCCGCCCAUGCCGACAGCGACCACGGAACGAGACGACGAUGCAUACUCCUUUAGACCCUACGACCGACCGAAACGAACACACAAAGCCAACUCUGCGGCUUCGAUGUACUCAGAAUCCUCGUACGUCCCGUCAGAGAGCACCGCCAAAACCACACCACCGGCUUCAGUGCGUGGGCCUUAUUCGACCAAAGACCCUGACAAGAUCAUUAUCAAGGGCGUCUUUUCCUUCAACAAUGCCUUCAUGCGAACCCCGAUUUCCCAGCUGGUAUCUGGACAAGGUAAUGUCACAGACGGACUGAUUUUGCGGAUUACGACCGAGGGCCUAUUCAUCGACGACGACGUACGAGGAGUGCCACAGCGUGAGUGGGAUGUUAAGGCCUGGACGAUGAAAUUGGCAGAGAGCUGCGAACUCUCCGGCCUCCACGUCCUCCGCGCGAGCAUUCGCGAUCAAGAAGGCAAGAAGUACGUCUUUAUUCUGUCUCAAUCCGAAGGGUGGAAAGUCGCUGUUGGUCUUCAGCGGCUGAGAAGGGGAACGCAAGUCCGUGCGCUGGGUGUCGCUGGGUUGCCGAUGAAUGAAGCCAAAGCAAUUCUGGAAAAUCUGGGAUUUGCCUAG